AAGUCGUCCAAAAGCCUGUCCUCGCAGCACGCCGUCGUGGCGCUGAACGGCAGCGCACACUCGCACGUUAAUACCGGUGGCGGACACGACGUUAUGAUCGUGGGCUGCGUUUAAGAAGCUCAGCGUGAGCGCAGCGGACUACAUUCACUACAAAGGAGGAGGCAACCCAGCAGGGUUUGCGAGAGCGCUUGAAAGGUCCAGGCGUUAGCUCGCAGGCAGGGCUCUGACCGUGCGAAGGUCUGUUUGUGGGCCAUUAGUUGCUGGAAACAAAACUUUCGUUUCCAGUCAUUGCAUUGGGGUGCAGAAUUCGUCGUUUCCUGAAGCUACUUCCACCUGCGCUGUGUGGUAACUGGUUGCGUUGACAGAUGAGAGGUCCGUGGGCUUUGUUUCUCAGCCUGAGGGGACUCGGUGGUGUGUUUUCCGUAGGUACAUCCAGACGCACCUUAACCUCGGCCAGUAUGCGACUAGUGCAGUUCUGCCACCCAGGAGCAGAGGGGGGAGUCCGAGUUGGCGUGGAACAAGAAUAUGGCAACGGAGUCAUCGACGUGAAGGAGUUCGACCCGUCUAUGCCCUCCACUAUGAGAGAGUUUUUGGAGCUAGGAGAGAAGGCAAUGGAUUGUGCUCAAAGAGCCUUAUCCAGCGGUCAGACUACGCUCCCUUACUCUGCUGUCAAGCUGCUGUCUCCAGUGACCGGCCCAGACAAGGUGGUGUGCGUGGGGAUGAACUAUACGGACCACUGCCUGGAGCAGAAUGCACCUAUUCCCAAAGAGCCCAUCAUCUUCAGCAAGUUCCCCUCCUCCAUCACUGGUCCCUAUGACGACAUCGCCCUGCCGAAUGAGAGCCAGGAGGUGGACUGGGAGGUGGAGCUGGCUUUUGUGAUUGGACGAAAAGGAAAGCACAUCAAGGAAGAGGACGCACUCUCUUAUGUUGCGGGGUUCACCGUAGCCAACGACGUCAGCGCUCGGGACUGGCAGAUGCGGAGGAAUGGGAAACAGUGGCUUCUGGGAAAAACGUUUGACACAUUCUGUCCUUUAGGACCCGCCCUUGUAACCACUGCAGCUCUGACGGAUGUCCAUAAUCUGGGGAUCCGGUGCCUCGUUAACGGCGGAGUAGUUCAGGACAGCAAUACCAGUCAGCUUAUUUUUAAGACGGAGAAGCUGGUGGCCUGGGUCUCUCAGUUUGUGACCCUGCACCCAGGUGACGUGUUUUUGACAGGCACUCCUCCUGGGGUGGGUGUGUUCAGAAAGCCACCUGUGUUUCUAGAGAGAGGAGAUGUCGUGGAGUGUCAGAUCGAUGAAAUCGGAACCAUCAGGAACACAGUUGUUUAACUGCAACUUGUCAAGUUAAUGGACUUACAAAAAGUACAACAUAUUGCCUAGACAUGAAAUCACACAACACUGAUUCAGAAAUUACACUGUUAACCUUGAAAUCUAAUUUCCAAAAUAACACGAGCAUUUGAUUAAGAUA